CCCAGCCCUGGGUGAUACCGACGCGGUGAGCCCGGCCGCAGUCUCCUCGCUGCUCCGCAAACACCGCUGGGGUUCUGCUGGGGACACCUCUGAAGGGGGUGUUGACCUGGGACGCUUGUUAACUGGGGAAACUUCUUGAGAGGUUUUUCACAUCACCUUUGAUUAUUUCUCCUUUUCUAGUAAGAUAGAAAAAAGCACAGAACAGAAUCAUGUCGGAGCACAGCAGGAAUUCAGAUCAAGAAGAACUGUUUGACGAAGAGAUUGAUGAAGAUAAAAUCUUGGCCAACUUGUCCCCCGAAGAGCUGCUAGAACUGCAAUCAGAAAUGGAAGUCAUGGCCCCUGACCCCAGGCUUCCUGUGGGAAUGAUUCAGAAAGAUCAAACGGACAAGCCACCAACAGGAACCUUCGACCACAGGUCUCUUGUUGAUUACAUGUACUGGCAAAAGGCGUCCAGACGCCUGCUGGAGGACGAGCGCGUUCCCGUCACCUUCGUGCCCUCCCAGGAAAACACUAAAGAGCAGCAUGAAGAAAUGGACAAAGGUAAUAAAAAGGUGUCCCAGUAUUUAAAAGAAAAGCUCAAUAAUGAAAUCACUGCAAAUAAAAGAGAAUCAAAGGGCAGUGUCCAAGAAACAGACAGUGAGGAUGAGGAUGAGGAGGAAGAUGAAGAUGAAGAUGAGGAGGACGAAGAUGCAGAAGAUGAAGGAGAAGAUGAGAGUGAAGGGAGUGAUGAGAAAACAAAAAGAGAAGAGGAAGGCGAAGUGAAGGAGCCAAUCAGAAAUGGUGAGAACAGCUGCCAGCAGGUGACAAACAAAGCAUUUGCAGAACAGAAAGACAGACCAGAGGCCCAAGAACAAAGUGAGAGAAAAGUAUCAAAAUUAGAUCCCAAAAAGUUAGCUCUAGAUACCAGUUUCUUGAAGGUAAGUGCAAGGCCUUCAGGAAACCAAACUGACCUAGAAGGCAGCUUGCGGCGAGUUAGACAGAACGACCCCGACAUGAAGGAACUCAACCUGAACAACAUCGAAAACAUCCCCAAAGAAAUGCUACUGGACUUUGUUAAUACAAUGAAGAAAAACAAACACAUCAAGACCUUCAGUUUAGCGAACGUGGGUGCGGAUGAGAAUGUGGCCUUCGCCUUGGCUAACAUGCUGCGUGAAAACAGGAGCAUUACCACGCUCAACAUCGAGUCCAAUUUCAUAACAGGUAAAGGAAUUGUGGCCAUUAUGCGGUGUCUCCAGUUUAAUGAGACGCUAACCGAAUUGCGGUUUCACAAUCAAAGGCACAUGCUGGGCCACCAAGCCGAAAUGGAGAUAGCCAGGCUUUUGAAGGCAAAUAGCACUCUCCUAAAGAUGGGCUACCAUUUUGAGCUCCCGGGUCCCAGAAUGGUGGUGACCAAUCUGCUCACCAGAAAUCAGGAUAAGCAAAGGCAGAAAAGGCAAGAAGAACAAAAACAGCAACAACUCAAAGAGCAGAGAAGGUUAAUAGCCAUGUUGGAGAACGGGUUAGGACUGCCACCUGGGAUGUGGGAGAUGCUGGGAGGACCAAUGCCAGAUUCCAGGAUGCAGGAGUUCCUCCAUCCUCCCCCUCAUCCUCCCAACCCCCCAGCAGUCCCCUUCAGUCGACGAAAUGAAGUGAUGAAAAAGCCAUCACAGUCCCCUCCAUACAGGACGGACCCUGACUCCUUCCGGGGCGUGAAGCUCAAGAGGACCCAGCGCAAAUCUCGGAUGCCAGAAGCCAGAGACAACCCUGAGAAAACCAACCUCAAAGAUGUGAUCAAAACGCUGAAACCAGUGCCCAGAAACAGGCCGCCCCCGUUGGUGGAAAUCACGCCCAGAGAUCAGCUCUUGAAUGACAUUCGUCACAGCAACGUCGCCUUUCUUAAACCUGUGCAACUGCCAAAAGAAUUGGAAUAAGAGGCAACAGGAUGAUGUAGAAGAACGAGACCUGGGAUAGCGACUCUGGGACUUGAGCUCCGAGGCCGCGUCAGCAGCAGGGCCUGGCCCAGGCGGGACAGGGGAGGGGGCGUCGAUGGGAAUGUCGCCAAGGCACAGAGCUUGGCCUGUGGCAAGUGGUGGCUGAAAGGGAAGGGGGAGGAAAUCACACAUGAAUAUUGAGGGGCAACGUUUUCUACUUCAAAUCAGUUUGAGUAACUUUGGUGAAAUUUAGUCAUGCUCCCAGCACAGAAGUUAAAAACCCUUUUUUUUUUGGUAAACAUCCGCUUUACUAUUGUUUUCCGCUGCUAAAUA